UGCUGUAAAUCCGGUAUACCAUUAAUCGGUUGCGAAGGGUCUAUUGUUUGGAGACCUCGAAUAUUACGAACAAUUGCUUGUAACAUUAACAACAUCUCGCAUAUUAAGACGUUUUCAAGCAUGGAGAUGUUGUGGUAAUGGUGCAACAUGGGAUACAAUGAUAUUUCUAAAAGAUAUUGAACUGAUGGGACAAGCCAAUCCGCGUAAAAAAUGUUGCUCCUGUAAUUUAUGCUGCUGUUGUGAUUGUUGUAGUGAAGCUGCACAAUAUAUUGAAAUAAAAGGUUCAUUUGGUUCAGAACUCUUUCGUUUACCGAGGAAUGAGGUACCUGAUGCAUGUGUACAAAUACCAGGUGCUGCUGUAACAUUUAAAACAAAACAACCGCAAAGGACGACAAUUAGUCCCGAAAACUAUCCCAUAAGAAGUCAACCCAUAAUGUUGGAAAGUAUUUUCAAUUUAUUAUCACAUGAAAAUGGUUACAAAUGGUUAGAACAGAAACAAAAAAAAAUCACGCAAUUGAACGAUACAAAUUGUGAUGAAAAAACUUUAAUGGAAAGAAUGAGUAGAACACAGGUUUUUUCAUCACAAUUUGUAUCGUUCAAUUGCGUGAUUUUUUUUGGUUUCUGUUCUAACCAUUUGUAACCAUUUUCAUCUGAUAAUAAAUUGAAAAUACUUUCCAACAUUAUGGGUUGACUUGUUAUGGGAUAGUUUUCGGGACUAAUUGUCGUCCUAUAAUAAAUAAACCACAAAUACAU